AUGGAAUGGAAUGCGACGACAGAGACGACGACCGCCGACGACAGCAACGAGUGGUCGUCUGUGGACGCGGCGACGCUCGUGUCGAUCGGGUCGUCGGUCGUGAUUCUGGUCUCGGGCGCAGUCGCAGUCAUCUGUCUCAUCGUCUACAUGAAGAGAAGCGAACAGUUCGUCACUCCUUCGCGCUUACAAUGCGUCAAAUGCGGCGCCACUGUCGACACUGUCGUCGCUCCUGUCGUCCACCCGACGACACCCGCGCUCUACGCCAUCAGCGCCCGCGUCGACCAACACAAGGAUCACGUGGGGCUCAUCUGCGGCCGCGUCACGAGUGGCGCCACCUCUCGCGCGAUCUACGCGGCGAACCCUGAGACUCGACAACAGCGCUCCCGACAGUCGCUGUGCUCUUCGAACCAAACCAACGAUGAGUUGAUUCGCGUCUUCGCCCGCAAACAGUCGUUCGAAUCGCUGGACGACAGCAGCGGUCGCGAGACGCCAACAGAUCCCGGGAUUCGCGAGUUCACGGAAGCGCCGCCCGAAGCCAACGAGCGGCGGCAGGGAGUGGUCGAGAGGAAGUGCUUCUCCUCGGGCUCCACGACGCCCACCAAUGAGUACGACUUCGGCGCCAUUCCGCGCACCAGAAGUCGACACCCGAUGUGGAAGCUGUCCACCACUUCGCAGACACUGAAAAUCGGCGAAUCUCUCGGUCUCUCCGACGACGACGUCGACGACGACACUCAAGACGACGACUUUCGACGACAAAGACAUCAUUCUAUCGACUGUUGAGUGCCUUUCAAUAAAACUUUUUUCAUGACGUAA